GAAAACACGCCGUCGACAUCUAACAAACUACACUUCGCUCGGUGUCAGGUCACUUAUUACGACUCGAUCUGCUACGAUGGCUAAGGUUAACACAGCAAUUGCUUGCUCGCGACGGAAGUCGCGCAAGGCGCACUUUAGCGCUCCCUCCAGCGAGCGACGAACCAUCAUGAGCGCCCCAUUAAGCAAAGAACUCCGUGAGAAGCACAACGUGCGAUCGAUACCCAUUCGCAAGGAUGAUGAGGUCACCAUUGUGCGGGGAACCAACAAGGGCCGAGAGGGAAAGAUCACGUCCGUCUACCGUCUGAAAUAUGUCGUCCACGUUGAACGAGUCAGCCGUGAGAAGUCCAAUGGCCAGUCUGUCCCGAUAGGAAUUCACCCAUCCAAAGUUGUCAUCACCAAGCUGAAGAUUGACAAAGACCGUGAGAGCAUUCUCGAAAGAAUCGGCAAAGGUCGCGCUGCCAGAGCCUCCAAGUCCUCUUAAGCCGGUCGAGUUGGGUGGUCAGGGAAGUAAUUGCGUUGGGUGUUUAAAUGGGUAGGAGCGGAAACCAAAUACAGAUGGAAAAGAAAAGCACGAACAAGAUAAAGCACAAUGUCACUGUUUUCGAAGAAUUUUCUCGCCUUUCCGCCAUGGUUUGAUACUGAAGUGUGCUAGGACGCUUCUUUAUACCAGUCUGUGCCUUCGAUG